CAUUUUUUUUUUAUAACGCGCUAUUUGAUGUCGCGACACAAACUUUUCCAAAUAUGAAGACAACAAUGAAUACUGUGAUUUUACUGCAUAUCUUCUCCUUUCUCUUGUUUUGAUAAUCAAACUUAUGCUAACAAAGAUAGCUAAAUACCAUCCAACAGGCGAAGCAUUCCUUACCAAACUAACCCACUUGGGACAAGACAAAAGUUCGAAUGCAGCAUUUGACUUUUCAACAAUCGAUCUCGAUAGUUUUUCCACAAAAGAAAACGAUCCAACUACAUCUACCGUCAGUCAACUAUUCAGUGUAUCUGAGUCCCCUACUAUCAAUAUUGGCGACAACCUGAACUGCACUAAAGACCAACAGCAAGGCGAAAUAGACAACUGGUCAUUAGAACUCGAUCAAGAAAUAUUCAUCAAAGAUGCUACAGUUGUUGUCUGGAGUCGGGGAGGACGAGUCCUCAAGACAUUUGACUAUAGUGAAGAAGACCAAAGAAUCCAAAAAGUACUGUUUGCCUGGUUUCCCUUAGAGUCUCACAACGCUGAUCCAACAAAGAGACAAGCAGUCGAUGUUGAUCUGAACGAUCUAGGAGGUGACAUGCAUCUUGUCAAAGACUAUUGGAAUAAACGAGGACCACAAGUCUUGAUGGAUUACAAUAAGCUCUUGACCGAGAGUGAUGACAAAAAGUCAAUCAAAAUACCUGAAACGAUUGGCUUUCAAUCACAACAACAACAACAAGCAUUAUGCAUUGUGUUCAUGGAUCGUAUACGCAUUCAUUGCGAAGAUGGACUCAAUUAUACAAUAAGUAUCCCAUUUGAAAUUGAGAAUGUAGUUCCCUUAGACCUUGGUUUAUUAAUCAGCCGAAAGCAUGACACUAGCAAACGUUCAAGAAGUAAAUCAGUCACUCGCAUGUCUAGCCUAGAUUCAGUCACUGCAGCCACAACCACUACAACCACUAGUUGGGAUAUUUCAUCAUUUUUUGCUUCAAUCACUCAUCCUUUAUCAGAACCUUGUCCUGUCAAAGUAAGACGGUUAAAUACAUCAUCAGCAUCGGAUACAUCUUUGGAGCUACAUCGCUUGAUUUAUGCUUCUACUCAGCUGUCUGAUAAAAAGCGUCUACCGGUCAUUGUCACACUUAAUCUUCAGAAUCAAAAGCAUUAUAUCUGGACAUAUGAAAGGCGUAAACAAAAGACUAGUUCUGCUUUAAAACAGGCACUUGCUGCAGCACGUAAAGCCAAAUCAAAAGAAGAAUGGCUGGCACUCAACAGAAAAAGAAAAAGGACGUUUUCAGACACAAAGGCACAGUUUCAUGAAGGCUCAGUGAAUGAAGAGACAUUGUAUUUGAACGAUAUUGAAAAAGAAGUUUACGAUACUAUGCUGGAUCCAAGCGAAUUAUCAUUGACCAAAUUAUGGAGCGAAGAGAAACGAUUAAAGCGUUUCAAGAACAAACCAAUGAAAUAUGUGAUGGAAAACAUUAGCUCUACAGCAUUUUUUGUACACAAUUUAAGUGGACAUGAGUUGAUUUGCAUCUUUAACAAAACUACAGGUAGUCUGCAGUUAGUGAACCUUGAGAAGGCAGCGCAACUGGAUGGCGAUAUUGUCGAAUUCAAGGCGGUGGCUAAAUCAGUGAUUGCCGUCAAUGCCACUCGAGACAGUCAUAAAGACUUGGUUUUCUUGGAUACAGAUGGAAAGCCUCAAUUGUUUGUUGAUACCCGUAUACCACUUAUACCACUCCAUAUUCAUACCAAGCAAGACAUAUCUAUUUCAGAAUUAACAGAGAGCGUACACAAUCGGUUUAACGUUGAAUUCAGUGAUGGUACUAUUGACCGCUAUCAAAUCAAUUUUCAACCACAGACAUCGCUUGUACGUGAUUGUUUAGUCGCUAUCGACUGUGCUAAUACAGUCUUUUAUACCAAACUGUGGUAUCGCUUUAUCAAGCUACGCUAUCUAAAUACAAGAUCGAAUGUCGCUACACGCCCAAGUGAGUGGGAAGCCUUUGUAGUUUCCCUAUUGUCUUUUUUACCUUUAAAGGCAAACAGGAAAUUGUAUUAUUCUGUCAACAACCAUUACAACAACAUGUCAGAUAAAGAUAUCCAGUUACGGCAAAUCAGAGCUUCAAAUACAGCCUAUAUGACGCAUGAGCUUGGUCUUGGUAUACCCAAUCAUGUUCACAACUAUGGUUUUCUUCUAGACAUGGAUUAUGUGCAAGGGAUUCCAUUAUCAUGGACUGACCAAGUGUUUGCUCUUUACAACAAUGAAGAGAUCAUUGGCACAGUUGAUGUUACGAGCAUCAUGAAGAAUUUGCACGUCGUCUAUGAAGACUAUCGUAUCAAAAAUACAAUGGAAAUGCAUGCCAAAAGACUCGGCUAUCUUUUAAUGCAACUCUCUGUCAUUUUAAGAAACCAAGACUGGAUUUAUUAUUACCACAGUCAAGGCAUUGUACCUGAAUUCACUAGAAACUUAUCCCUUGUUGAUAAUGAAAUGCAAGAAGUCUUGAUUGAUCCUCCUAAUAUUGAAGUAUGUUUACAACAAAUGGCUACUGGAUUAGGCGCUAUUCCAGCUUUGCUUAGUUUCUUUGGUGUGGAUACACUUGUGCCUACACUAACGCAUUGUAGAAAUACCUAUGCCAAGACAGUUCAAGAUCUGUGGUCUCUUUAUCAUGCUAUUUACUAUAGCACAGGCGACAGCAGUCUUUUUAUGGAACGACUUCAUGCUUCUCAAGUUACACGUAUGCAUAUCGAGACAUUAACUAAGACAAUUGCUGCUCCUAUUCUAGAAGCAUUAGAUAACUUGAAAAACAAACCUCCUUUGAACUGGAGCAAGGAAACUUAUAAUGUGAUAGGAAGAAACGACAUCUUUAAACAACUUCAAAUGGUCGUGACAGUUUGCGAUCCCAACACAGAAAUAUUUAAGCUUCCAUUAUCAGAGACUUCAGAUGGUCCAGUCAGUAUGGAUAGUUUGAUAAAAGAGGUCCUUGAGCUACCUACGCAGAAAUGUAUUUAUGAAUCCGAUGUCUUGAAUAUGGAAACAGAGCGUCUUAGGUUUGGGUUUGGAGGUAUUAUUGAAAAAGUUCGAACCAUGUUAGAUGCAAGCCGUAUUCCUGAACAUGUUGCACCUCAACACUUGACAAACCUCAGUGAUGAUGAUCUGGAUGCAGAAUAUCAAUCACAAGUGAUUUUGCUCGUACAAAGAACACUUUCAUUAGCUACUGGAAGAGCCAUUUAUGCCUAUGCAACACAUAUGCCAGACCUUACUAAAACAUUGCCCUUGGAACCUAUCAAAAUGGCCGCAAAACUUCUACCUUUACGUACGACUGUAAACCUGGACGAAAGUUUAUGGAACAAGGAGUUUUUACAUUGGCCUCAAUUUCACAACGGUGUGGCAGCUGGUUUACGGAUUUCGCCUAAUAAUUAUGUCAAUGAUUCCUGGAUUUCUUUUUGUCAUCCAGGCGAACUUGAACCUCAGCAUGGAGGUAUGUUGCUCGCUAUGGGACUCAAUGGUAUCCUUAAACGACUGACUCUGGAAUACUGGUAUCAUAUCAUACGACAAAGCUGUAGUUUAGUCUCUGUGGGGUUUAUCAUGGGUAUCGCUGCUGCUUAUCGAGGCACAGAAGACAAGAAAGUAACCAAGCUAUUAUCCGCUUAUAUCCCUGCCUUACUUGAGCGUGAUGUGGCACCAUUCAAUCAAUCGAAUCUGAUUCUAGCGAGUAGCUUAUUGGGUUUAGGUCUACUUCAUAUGAACUCCUGCGAUAAAAAGAUGGCCACCGUCAUGCUGCAAGAAAUCGGUAGAUAUGUCACUCAUGAUCUUUCUCUAUUAGAAGCAGAUUAUCAGACAUGUGCGCUUGCUGCUGGGUUUUCUUUAGGCUUCAUUACGUUGGGCAAAGGCAAGCAAGACUUAAAAGCCAUCGAUCCUGACUUGUGUAAAAAACUAUGCGCUUUAAUGCUAGGAAAAGAAGGUCCUGAAAAACGAAUCAAUCUGGACAUCACAUCGCCUGGUGCUACUAUUGCUUUAGGACUCAUGUAUUUGAGAACAGAAGCCAGUGAUGUAGCAAGAUUGAUUGAAAUACCAGCGACUCGACCUCUUUUGAACUACGUCCGUCCAGACUUUUUAAUGCUUCGUAUCAUUGCUCGAAACCUAAUCAUGUGGAGCACAAUUCAGCCUACACAUGAAUGGAUUCAUGGUCAAACACCUUCUUUUAUCAACGCAGAAGCACAGGCCAUGAAUGAGAUUGAUGAUGAAAGAGAAGUCAUGAAGCAAGCUGAAUAUAAUAUUGUUUGCGGUGCUUGUCUUUGUAUGGGUCUACGCUUUGCAGGUUCAAAAAACGAACAGGCGUUUGCUUGUCUAUUGGACCAAUUAGACAGAUUUACAAGAUUACUUCAUAGUCCAGCUGCUACAUUCCAACAGCGGAUCACAAAGGGUAUUGUUAGUGCUUGUGUGGAUGUGCUCUGUACUGCAGCAGCUAUGGUGAUGGCUGGUACAGGCAGACUAGAACUCUUGAGAAGACUUGAAGAUCUUUAUCAUCGCGUCAAUAACGAUACCACUUAUGGCAAUCAUAUGGCUAUCUCCAUGUCCAUGGGUAUGCUCUUCAUUGGACUUGGGGGCUAUACGCUCACAACGACAAAUGAAGCCAUUGCAGGAUUGUUGUGCGCCUUCUAUCCAUUUUAUCCUCUGUCUACUGAAGACAAUCGAUACCAUUCACAAGCAUUUCGUCAUUUAUGGGUAUUAGCUGUUGAUUCUCGAUGGUUGAUGCCUAUUGAUGUAGCAACCAAAAAGCCUUGUCGCGUACCUAUGCGUUUAGAAAUAUAUGAAGAUGAUACCAUACCUUUAGCUCAAAAAGUAGCACAUAAAGUAAGGCUGGAGGCGCCUACAGUUGUCCCUGAUUACAAGUUGAUAAAAUCAAUUCAAGUGAAUGGAGACCGAUAUUGGCCUCUUUCUGUGGAUAUGACACAGCAUGGCGAUUAUCAAGAAUCUAUCAAAAAAUCAGGUGUGAUUUAUGUACAGCUGAAAGAAGACAAAAAGAACUAUGAGGAAGAUCCAGAUGGUAGAAGAAGCUUAUGCUUAUGAUCAUCUGUAUGUAGCCCUGGCUUUUAAAAUAGUAUUUAAAUAGUCAAUUUCAUCUCUCUAUUGUUUUUCUGAUAUAAAUGCAAAGCUUUCUUCCAUCACCUAUUUUACUAUAUUCUGAUGAAGAAGAUACACUUCUUCAACCUGGUUCAAAAUCAGAAAAAGAUGAUACUAAAAAAAAAAGUGAUACCAUCGACUGCCUAAAGCACUCCUCAAAGCGUUCUUUUGCAUAGUGCUCCUAUAAAUAAACCUGUAUUUAAAUUUCAAUCAAGGUAAAUUAACAUUGACAAUCAAAUGAAUGAGACUAUCCUUCAUACCUUCUGCAGCCUUAUUUACGUUUUCUCGCUUGUGACGAUCAUCAUCAUGCCAUUUUCUAUUCGUGACUAGCAUGCGUAUCAAUAAAG